AAAUUAUCAGUAAAUCAUACAGUAAGCUUUUAGAAUCAGAUGAAAAUGAAGAUGCUAAAAUUGACGAACUACCUACCGUUUUUUUACUAGCAUUGUAGCUUGUGUAGUUUAAUAUUCUUUUUGAUAAACUUCAAAUAAGGAUUAUAUUUCACAAUUAUGGAUAAUCCUAGUACUAGUAUUGAUAGAUACUAUCCAGGUUAUGAUCCAGGCCGUAAAAAAAUAGAUGCUGUAAGAGAUAUUGUAAGCGGAAUCAUCUCCAAAAAGAAUGAGAUCUAUUGCCCCACUCCCGAGGAGUUAAUUCUGGAUUACGUUCUAAAAAAUAAAACAAAAUAUUUGGAGAAGUUAUUCAACGCAAAUCUUUUAAAAUGCAGAUAUUCUCAUCCAGUAUAUACAUAUUAUGUCGACAUACUGUCAAUAGCAUGUGUGAUGGAAGAAGUAAAAGCAUGGACGGUGGAGUGUUUAAUAAAAAUGGGAGCCGAUAUAAGAUGCCGAGAUGUAGAUAGCUGGGAGCCCCUUCAUUAUGCCGCCCUAAGAUCCGACUACCCCGUACUAAAAGAUAUUACAGACGAACUAAAAAACAGGAGAUUUCAUUUAAAUGAAAUCUUAGUAGACAACAACAAUGCUUUAGAUAUACUUUUUAGCUACGGAAAUAAAGAUUCCGUAGACUUUGUCGCUUGUGCUAAACUUUUAAUAGACGAAGGAAUAAAUGUAAAUUUGGCAGAUAAUAAUAAGAUAACAUUUCCUAGUGAUUGGGCAAAUACAAAAAAGCUUAAAGAUAUCAGAAAAGAUAUUCAAGAUUACUAUGACCAAAUUACUAGAGGUACUGAAGAAACAGUAGAUCAUGAACCAGAUCAAACUGACCCAAAUGAUUGCCUGUUUGAGCUUAUAAAGAAAAAAGACGAAGAUGGGUUUCUGAAUUAUGACAGUGCCAUUAUUGUCAACUUGGCUGAUAGUGAUAAUGGAAAGAUGACUCUUUUACAAUUUGCAUGUGAAAAUCGUACUAAACGGAUAGUGGAGCGUCUGCUCAAGGUUGGUGCAGAUAAAACCAAAACCACGACUAUUAAAAAAGAGACACCUAUAGAAAUUGCAGCUGACCGUGACUACCAUGAAAUAUUUGAAAUUCUCAUUGACCAAUAUAAGGAAAACGAAGAAAUUCCAAAAUAUGUAAUUUCAGAAUUCCUACCAAGAUUAUUACAAGCAUACGACAGUCCACUAUCUAAAUAUAAGUCGAGCUGUGAUCUGUUGUUAAAGAAACUAAAAGCUAACAGAAACAUUUAUGAUUUAAAUGAAAAAACAAAAAAUACUGGAUAUACUCCACUCCAUUAUGCAGCGCGGUAUGCUGACACAGCUACUGUCAUAAAACUUGUAGAAAUGGGUGCUUCUUUAGACUGUAGAAAUGAAUCUGGAUUUAUGCCUGUGCAAUACUUGGAUACUGAACAAUUAGAAGCAGUUUUGGAUAACUGUGUUCAAGGUGAUUUAUCCGACAGGAAGAGGAAGAUUAAAGAAUUCAAAGUAUCUAUUAAUUUCAGUCCAUUACUUCCAAAAAAAGUGGAGACUAAGAACAAUAAUACUGAUCCUUCAUCAGCAUCGAUGGAGACUAACAACGAUAUAGAGAUACAAAACUUAGAUAAUAAUAACGACACAACUCCAGAGUCUAUCAAUUUACUCAACAGUAAUAACGUUAACAAGAGUGAUAAUAUUUAUGAAACAGAUCUUGUAUUCUACAUGAGUGGAGUACCAGAGUUCAAGCAUUUGCUUAAACACCCUGUGGUAGCAAGUUUCUUGUAUCUGAAAUGGCAUAGCACGAGAUGGUUAUUUUGGGCGAAUCUUGCCUUUUAUUUAACUUUUUGUGCAUUUUUAGUCAUCAAUGUAUUUCUUAAUUCAUCAAUUUUUCAGUAUACCCUACUGUGGUUUAUAUUAUCAAUUACACUUUUGGUUUUAGCGUUUAGAGAAGUCUUUCAAAUGUGUUUGCGAUGUAAGAAGUAUUUCAAAAAUGUCGAAAAUUAUAUGGAACUUCUACUGAUUGGGUUAGUCGCUUUAAUUCUGUUGAAUUGUUUCAGCACUAGCACCCAAAAAGCAAUUUCGUCUUUGUCAAUGCUUUUAGCAGGCCUCGAGUUAAUUCUGAUGAUAGGUCAGCAUCCAAAUUUAUCUACAAACCUUGUAAUACUACGAACAGUGUCCUACAAUUUUUUCAAGUUUCUCCUUUGCUAUGUAUUAUUGAUUCUUGCAUUUCCUCUUAGUUUUUAUAUCAUUUUCGCCAAAGAUCCCCAAGAACUAUCUGCAAACAAUACAAAAGAAGACGAUGCUGACCCUUUUGAGAAUCCAGGAUUGUCGCUGUUUCAAACUAUCGUGAUGUUAACUGGAGAACUUAAUGCUAACGAUUUAAGACAGAAUUUUGAAAAAUUUCCAAUAAUUGGCAGAUUAAUAUUUGUUAUAUUUAUAUUCAUGAUUGUCAUUAUAUUGCUUAAUCUCCUCAAUGGGCUUGCUGUAAGCGAUACACAGAUGAUUAGAAAUGAUGCCGAAUUAGUAAGCUAUAUUGAACGGGUUCGGUAUCUUCGAGAUAUCGAAAUGAUUUUUAAGGAUAAAAAACAUUGCUGCUUAAAACUACUCGGGAUAUUAAAAAGGAUAGCUGAGAAGAGCUCAUUAACUCGUUCUAAGAUUACUGUGCUUCCCAAUCAAGAUGGUCAAAUUAAAGAAAUUAAUAACUUAUGCUUAGAUCAAGAAAUUGUUCAAAGAAUUAAAAAUAUAAUUAGGACUAAAGUAUAACGGAAGAACAGCAGUACAUACAUGUUCUAAUAGCCGAUAAAAUAAUUUGGUUAACUCUUUAAAACAAGUUUAAACUAGAUUUUGUCAAAUAAAUAGAUUACCGAGGACCGAAAGUCCCUUAUAAUAACCAAAAAGUUUCUUUUGAAUGAGUUAUUUGAAAUUAAAAAGCACACUAAAUUUUCUCUUUUUUUCGCCCCUGUAACUUAUUAAAAUAAACAGAAGUUUUCAGGGACUUUCGGCCCUCGGUAAUAAUGCAAUCUUUCAUUCUGCUUUUAAAUUUUUCAAACAUACUUAUUAGUUUUCUCAGGAUUCGAAAAAAAUGAGUGCAUUUAAAACAUAAUGGAGUGACAUUUUGCAUUGCGUAAUCGUGAAAUAAAGUAUAAAAUUUUA